AUGGUCCGGGCUGGGGGGAAUUGGGACCACGGGGACUUGGGUCUGGGGGCCCGGGGCGGCCCCUGGCCCUCGGGGGCCCCCACAACUGGGAUAUGGGAUGGGGGACCGGGGCACUGGGGCUGGGGGGGACCUGCGGCUGUGGGGCCCUGCGCCAUGGGCUCUGGGGCUCUGGGCCCUGGGCUGGGGGCCUGGGCGGCCGGAAAUGGGGCGCUGGGGGAGGGACUGGGCUAUGGGGCCGCCUGGGGCCCUGGGGGCCUGGGCUCUGGGGACCUGGGCCCUGGGCCUGGGGGCAGGGCUCUGGGGCCCUGGGCGACUGGGCUCUGGCGCAAUGGGGCCUCUGGGGCACGAUCUGGGACCGGGCUCGGGGGCCCUGGGCCCCCGGCGCCCCUGGGCCCCGAUGGGGCGCCCUGGGCUGUGGGCCGGGGCUGUGGGCGGCCCUGGGAUCUAUGGGAUAUGGAUCUAGGGGAUAUCGACUCGGGGGGGCAUGGGCUGCUGGGAUGGGGGACAUGCGGCUCUGGGGCCCUGGGCCAUGGGGGGCCCUGGGCUGGGGCCCGGGCGAUGGGCGCCCUGGGGCACCGAGGACCUGGGCUGGGUGCCCGGGCCCUGGGGCGGGGUACCUGGGAUGUGUGGGAUAUGGGACCGGGCUAUGGGAAAAAUGGGAUCUGA